UAUCAGAAACUCAUUCUGUGUUGAAAUCUGUUAUACUCAAUUUAUUAAAAUUUGAAACAGUAUCUGCCUGCUUGUGUUUAAAGAGUUGCAAUUUCUAGUGCUGGAUCUUGCAGCUGAAACAGAAACAUGAAACUGGAGGUACCAGAAACCUUUGAAGAUGUUGCUGUUGAGUUUUCAAGGGAAGAAUGGAAGAUGCUGAGUGAUCAGAAAAAAGAACUGUACAAGGAAGUGAUGUCACAGAACUAUGAGCACAUGGUAUCACUAGGAUACAACAUCCCAAAGGAACAACUGUUGCUGCUCAUUGAAAAACACGAGAAACUUGUACAAGGAGCAGAGCCCCAACCUCAUAUUUGGGCUGAACCCACUAGAAUCUGCAGGGCCACACAGUACCGUAAGGGUUCACAUCAAAUGUCAUUACAAAGGGAGCAUUAUUGUUCCGGACAUGCAAAGAGCUUAAGUUGUAUGCUUGCUACAAAUCAAAAAUUAAUUCCAACUGGAAACAGACACAAUAAAUGCAUGGAAAAUAACAGAACAGUUACACAGGAGAAUAAAUUAAAAGUUCUCCCUUCCCAUGAAAACUCCCACGCUGGGGAGAAGCAUUAUAAAUGGGAUACCUGCGACAACAGUUCUGUGUGGAACUGUCUGCUCACGUAUUAUGAGAAGGGACACACUGGCAAUAAGCCAUAUAAACAUGCAAAAUAUUCAAGUCUUAAAAACAAAGAUUGCCUUACAUCUGUCGAGGAAACCCUUACAGGGAAGAAACCGUAUAAAUGUGAUACAUGUGGUAAGAGUUUUCUAUGGAAGAGCAAGCUUGCAUACCAUGAGAGAACCCACACUGAUGACAGGCCGUAUAAAUGUGCAAAAUGCGACUGGAGUUUUAAACAGAAAAAAACACUUAUGAGCCAUGAGAAAACUCACACUGGGGAGAGGAUACAUAUGUGCAACAUGUGGUAAAAGUUAUACACAGAGGGACAAUCUUCUCUACCAUGAAAAAAGUCACAGCGGAGAGAAGCCAUAUAAAUGUGCAAUUUGUGACAAGAGGUUUUUUUGGAAGAAUAGCUUUAUAGGUCAUGGAAAAA